GUUGGUCGGCCCCCGUGCCGAAGCCCACGUCCAGCUCGCACUGGUCCAGGGGCAGGAACUCGCCCUCCGGGGUCUGCCGGGACUGAAAGACGGACGGAGAAAUAAAAGGAACAGAUUUAAAGUUAUCCGCGUCCCUUUUGAGGAUAAGCGGCUAAGAAAACGAAUGGAUGGAUUUAAAGUUGAAGUUCUCCGGUGCUGCUCAGGACUACCAAGACCUUCUCUGCCGGCCUAAACCCGAUCAGAAGCAGAAGGACACAACUGGAAACAAAAUGUAUGUCAGCGUCUGUACGCGUGCGCCCGCAUUUGAGUGCGCGCGCGUGCAAGACCCAUAAUGCCCCGCGAGCAGCCAAGAUGGAAGAACCCAGCAGCUGCAGGAGAACAAUGUUUUGCCUUUAGACUUUUGGGGGAAAACGGACGCCGAGAGCUGACGACGCCGGUCCGUAGGAGCGGCUUGUGGUGGUUAGGCGCCGGAUGACACUGUACACCGUCGAUUUUCCCCACCCGCCCGCCAGCAUGAGCAUCAUUCAAGACAAGCUCGCCAAUGAUUUCCUCCGCCCCAACGGCAGCAUGGACGCCAACUUCGGCGCGGGCAUGAUCAUGUUCAGCCACCUGCCGCCCGUCACCAGCUUCACCCGCUUGCAUCCGGCGGGGCCGCAGGAGAUGAUCCUGAAGAAGGAGCGCGACUCGCCCGACUGCGGCGCCGGCGGCAUGUCGGGACCGGGCGACUACGUCCACGCGCUCGGCAUCAAGCAGGAGAAGGUGUCCGAGCACGACUACCGCCUUCCGCUGUACCCGGGGGCGCUGGUCAAGAGCAGCGAGCUACUGGAGGUCACCGUCAGUAACCAGAACCUGCUGGUACACGAAGUCAACAUGGCCAACCUGCCGAGUCACUUAGGAAAGGAGCCCACUGGGAAGAAAGGUCGCAGGUUGAACAGCGACGGACAAGAGGCCAAGCCUAGGAAGAAGCGGAGCGAGUCCAAGUCCAUGAUGGCGGACGGCGACGGGGGCAGCAUGUCGCCGGGCAGCAAACCUCACAUCUGCGAGCACUGCAACGCCGCCUUCAGGAGCUCCUAUCACCUGCGGAGACACGUCCUCAUUCACACCGGCGAGCGCCCGUUCAUAUGCAGCCAGUGUAACAUGAGCUUCAUCCAGAAGUACCUCCUCCAGCGGCACGAGAAAAUCCACAGCGGAGAGAAGCCGUUCAGCUGCGAUCAGUGCAACAUGCGCUUCAUCCAGAAGUACCACAUGGAGAGACACAAGCGCACGCACAGCGGGGAGAAGCCCUACAGAUGUGAGAACUGCCAACAGUUUUUUUCUAGGACAGACCGACUACUGAAGCACAAGCGGACGUGUGGAGACGCCCUAAGGAAAGUUCUGGAUCCGAGCAUGCUGGACAUGGCGUGCGUUGACAUGAGCGGCUACGGAAUCAACCCGGGAAACGUGGGGGCAGGGAGUGGAAGAAAAAAAGGCAGGUCCAAAAAUCCAGGCGAAGGAGGCGCCCGGAAGAAGAAGAAGGGCGACGCCGGGUUGAGGGCGGCUCACCUUCCCGCAACCGUCAGCGGAGCCUACAGCGUCCACGAGUAUUCAGUGGUGAAUGAAACGGUCUCCUCGUCCACAGAACCGGGUCCCAGCACGCAGCACCACGGCCGCGCCCCCAAGAUGACGUUCAAGAAGGCCCAUCGAAAAGGUCCGGAAAAGGCCGUGAAAGCGGAUUCGUUGGGGCACAAUGUGGAUCCCGUGCAGACAAACGGCGGAAAAGUGGGAAACAGCAACUACGACGACGCCAUGCAGUUCCUCAAAAAGCGGCGCUACCUCCCUAGCGUCACGUCGUCAACGGGAAGCGGCGGCACCGAGUACGACCUGCUGUCCCCGCACCCGACCGUCAUCCAGAUGACGGACGCCGACUCGGGUCUGGACAAGUCCGGCAUUCCCGACGAGGUGCUGCAGAGCCUGCUGGAGCACUACACUCCCAAGCCCGACACCUCGCACCACCACGACGUCCAUUUCGAUCUGGGGGAGCAGCACGUGGAGGAGCUCCAGCCCGCCUCCACCGAAGACCUGGACGCCGGCGCCAGCCCCCCCGGCGACAAAGGCGCCUUGAUGAACGAGUACUCGCGCUUCCUCCUGCAGGCUCUGGAGCGCACCAGCCAGAGCGGCGGCUUCCCUCUGGCAGCCCAGUCUUCCGGGCCCUUCCUUUACUCCGAGUGCGGUUUCGGACCGUCGGGGGCGGUGGACUCCCCGCCUCAGCACGCCUUCCACCUCCUGGACGCCACUCACCACCAACUCACCCCUUCCCAGGAGCUCAACGCCUCUGCCACGUCGCCGCCUCCGUCGUCGGCAUCCUACCAGAUCAGCCCGGCGGACCUCAGAAGCCACAAGGAGGCGCCACCCGCCAAGAACGGCGCCGCGGCGGCGUUCCCGCUGGCCUCCAAAGCCGCACCCUACCAGAUAGAAAAUUUUGCACAGGCUUUCGGCUCGCAGUUCAAAUCCGAGGAGCGGGUAAGGACUCCCGUGUCCGACUUCUCAGGGUACAGCAGCUUGCUGGCCGACGUCGGCGAGCCCGCGAGCUCCGUCUCCAAAACGCCGACCAGCCAAAGCUUCAGAUGAGAACGCGCCUCAAAGUUAAAACCUAUUUUUAAAUUUUAUUUUUCUGAUGCCGUGUUUUGUGCCCGCUCCUCUUUCAUACCAGACAAUUUCAUGUAAAUUUUCAUUUUUUUUUUUUUUUAUUUAUGGAAUACAACCGUGACAGUGCUUUUUAAAGUAAGUGUAUUAUUUUUAUGAUUACUCAAAUGAAUAUUUUCCACCAGCCGGCUGACUUCGUGUGAAAUAAUAAUAAUAAUGACGGUGGCAGGGAUUACUAGCCCAGGAUUAAAAAAGCAAAAAAAAAAAAAAGAUAAAAGUAUUACUCAGGAAACAGGAAGUUGCUGACAUGCUGAAUGAGUGUGAACACUGAAAACACUUUCUCUUAGGCAAUAUAGAGAUUAUGCUGUUUUUUUUUCUCGACCAUACUUAUGUAUUGAUAUAUAUAUUUAUAAGAACAUAUAUAUUAUGAUACAGAUUGAAUCACGGUGGCCAACAAAGAAGAACAAGGAUUGUUUUUUAGGUGGAAAAAAACCCUUAAAUACACCAGUAGGGGUUGUUAUUGGACAGCAAUUGGAAAAAUCUUUUACUUUUUGAUCAUCUGCCCCAUUUUCUUCCUCUUGGUUUCCCCUCUGCCGGGUGCGGGGGCCACACUGACCAUAACAAAAUGAAAAAGCUCCGAGGAUGAAGUCGGAACGAGAAGUAAAAUUGACAGUUUUGAGGUUGGCUGCGAUCUUCGUUCUCGUGAAACAUCUUUGCGCUCAAUUACGGCUUGGGAUCGAUCACUCCAAAUUUCGCCAUCUUUUUUCUCGUCAAACUGCAAGUUUCCUUGUAAAUGUUUUCAUUUAGUAGAAUUAAUGAAGCGAUUCUCCAUCGUCGUUGGCGGAAAAAGUUAAUUCAUGGAAAAUUUAAACUGUUCUGUGAAAUUUCAAUGCUUUCACAAAGUGUAAAUGGAAAUUUUGUCGUGAAUGUUCUAUGAUUAGUAAAAAAAAAAAAAAAAAAGUUCUUAUUCGGUCAGGUUGGCUUCUUCUUUUCCUUUCGGCUUGUCCCGUUGGGGGUCACCACAGCGUGUCAUCUUUUUCCAUAAGCUAACCCUAUCUCGUGCAUCUUCCUCUCUUCCACCCACUGUCCUCAUGUCCUCCCUCACAACAUCCAUCAACCUUCUCUUUGGUCUUCCUCUCGCUCUUUUGCUUGACAACUCCAUCCUCACCACCAUUCUACCAAUAUACUCACUCUCUCGCCUCUGGACAUAUCCAAACCAUCGAAGUCUGUUCUCUUUUAACCUUGUCUCCAAAACAUCCAACUUUGGCUGCCCCUCUAAUGAGCUCAUUUCUAAUCAGAUCCAACCUGUUCACUCCAAGCGAGAACCUCAACAUCUUCAUUUCUGCUAAAUCCAGUUCUGCUUCCUGUUGUUUCUUCAGUGUCUUCCAAAGUCUCUAAUCCGUACAUCACCACUGUUUUAUGAACUUUGUCCUUCAUCCUAGAGCGGAGACUCUUCUGUCACAUAGAACACCAGACACCUUCUGCCAACUGUUCCAACCAGCUUGGACCAGUUUCUUCACUUCCUUACCACUCUCACCAUUGCUCUGUAUUGUUGACCUCAAGUAUUUGAAGUCGUCCACCCUCGCCAUCUCUUCUCCCUGGAGCUUCACUCUUCCCCCACCACCCCUCUCGUUAAUACACAUACUCUAUUUUACUUGGGCUAAUCUUAAUUCCUCUCCUUUCCAGCGUGUGCCUCCAUCUUUCAAAUUGUUCCUCUGCCUGCUCCCUGCUUUCACUACGUAUCACAAUAUCAUCUGCGAACAUCGUGGUCCAAGGGGAAUCCAGUCUAACCUCAUCUGUCAGCCUAUCCAUUACUACCGCAAACAGGAAGGGGCUCAGCGCGGAUCCCCGAUGCAGUCCCACCUUCACCUUAAAUUCUUCUGGCACAUCUCACCAUCAUACAUGUCCUGUACCAUUCUAACAUAUUUCUCCGCCACGCAUGCAGUACCAGAGUUCCUCUCUUGGUGCUCCGGCUUGAUCCACAAAGACACAAUCACGCUCCUUCUGACCUUCUCUGUACUUUUCCAAUCAAAUCCUCAAGGUAUGGUACUCUUUCGAGGCAUGAAACCAUACUGUUGCUCGCGGAUACUUACUUCUGUCCUGAGUCUUGCCUCUACCACUCUUUCCCAUAACUUCUAUAAUUCCCACAGCUCUAAACAUUGCCUUUGUUCUUAAAAAUGGGAACUAGCUAGUUGGUCAGGUUGGCUUGAUGAGCCAAAUCCCCCCCCCCCCCCCUUUCCCCUUUCAAGUGACCUUUUUCUCCUCUGAACACGUUUUUGGUGUGGCCCCCACAAUCUGGUCGUUUUUCAAGAAAUCCAAUGAGCACUUUGAGCCGGUUUUGCAUCAAGUUAAACCUUCUUUGUGUGAAUGUUAGGACGGAUUAGGCUUUGGUUCGGUGUUUGGGAGGGCAAAAUGCGUGUUUUUAUUUUUGUAAUUUUUCCUCUUUUGUGCGGGGAGGAUUUGGAUCGGGAACCUCAUUGCCACCCUUCACAUUUUAGUGCGCCAAUUUGCUCUUCUGAUGAUUUGGUGUUUGUGAACAAGUUGCUAAAACGAAAAGAAAAUGUACAAAAAGAAUUGGUAUGCAUUUCAGAUAUGUCCCAGUAGAUAAAUUGGCUCGGUUAGUAAAUAUUAGCCAUUUCUAAAUGUAUUUAUGCUUGUUUUUUCCCCCUCUUCAUGUAAAAAGUCUUCCAUCAAUUGACGGCUGAGAAUUUUCUUCAUAUACCUCAUAUCUAUAAACAUUAUAUCUUGAGAGAUGAGGGUAGCGCAUCUCAUUGUUUACAAAACUUCAUUUUAACACUACUUUUUUUCAAAACAAAUAUGACCCAUUUUUGUCAGCCUAUUUUACAACCGCCAAAUGUCAUCACUUAUGAUGCCACCAUUUUUUUUUUUUUUAAAGUACAUUACUCGUGACUCGCUUCACUAAGACUGCCUGUCCGAUGAGUUUAAAACUGAUUAAGGAGAAAAAU